AUGCAAACUUUCAACAAAACGUCUAUUUCUUCACACGUCAACACACUCGCUUCGCAAAUACACGCCCGAAAUCCACCCACACGCACGAGUUCCAGCUCUCCUUUCGCCGGCCAGCUCAUGAAUGAGAAGGCGCCGAUUAAAAAGGAAAGAGUUAAGCUUCGUUCGUCAUCGCAAGCCUCGGUGAAGUCUUCUGAGAAUUCUCUCGAAGCUAAACCGGCCACACCUCCGCCUCCCCCGCCCCGAACUAGACGAAGCAGUUCAGUGCAGUCGAGCGGAUCCUCUACCACCGCUGCGCCCCUAACACCUUGUAUCCCUCCCCAAAAUGGGACGGCUGCGCCGCCUGCGUCCGCAGGCCCUCUACGUCUAACGGCCACGGUCACAGAAGAAGCGACGCCACGAAGAGUGAAAAAAAGAAAUAAGACAACAACGCCACAACAGCCGCAGGUGUCCGCGGAGGCGACCGGGCGAACGCGACGCGAAGAGAAUCCUUCAUCGACCAAAGCUUAA